UUUCUUCGAUCGUUCAACAGUUGGCCGUCAACUAACGGCAAGUUAAAGUGAUCUGCUACUGAUUCUCGGCAAAUCACGAUCAACAAACAUAAAUUGAAGCUUGAAACUAAGUUAAUUUGCAUAUUUUUGUGAAAAAGUGUUCAUACCAAAAUGUAUCUACUACUCUUCACCAUAUUUCUGUUCACACUAAUCGCGUGGAAGGGUCUAAAGUUUCUAAACUAUAUUGAUAAUGUCAUGGGUAUAAUGGAAAUGAUUCCUGGACCGACGCCAUAUCCUUUCGUGGGCAAUCUCUUUCAGUUCGGACUCAAACCGGACGAAUAUCCAAAGAAAAUUUUACAGUAUUGCCGGAAAUAUGACUUCCAGGGUUUCCGUUCGAUGGUGUUCUUUCAAUAUCAUGUCAUGUUGAGUGAUCCGGCGGAAAUUCAAAACAUACUCUCGAGCUCUUCGCUGCUGUACAAGGAGCAUCUCUACUCCUUCCUGCGUCCUUGGCUGGGCGAUGGCCUUGUAACCGCAGCGGGUGCGCGCUGGCUGAAGCAUCGCCAAAUCUACGCGCCGGCAUUCGAGCAGCAAGCAAUCGACGCUUAUUUGCAGGUGGUGCAGCAGGCUGGCAAGCGUUUGGUGGAGAAGCUCGCACAGCGCGCCACCACGACGGCAGAAGACGCACCGCGCGUCUUGGACGUGCAACCUCUUUUGGGCAAAUGCACGUUGGAUAUUGCCGUUGAAAAUGCCACAGGCAUACCGAGCUUCGAGCUGAAUGACGGCAGAACCGAGUUGCAUGCCGCAAUUAUCGACCUCUGCGAUGUGAUAAAGGAGCGCACAUUCAGCAUUGUGAAGCGCUUCGACACGCUUUUCCAAUUAACGCCACAUUAUUGGAAACAACGCACCGCGCUGAGCACUCUUGAGCGCGUAAUUAACAAGAUUGUCGAUCAACGACGAGAGAGCCUGCAAACUCAACCACAACAACAACAGCAGCAGCAACUGACAAUCCGAACAAUGGAGCGUCCGUUCCUCGAUGUGCUCUUGAAUGCGCAGCUGGACAGACGUGCGUUGACCAAUAAGGAAAUAUUCGAAGAGCUCUCCACAUUUAUAUUUACCGAACACAACUGUACCGCAUCGGCGCUAUCCUUCACACUGUACACCCUUUCCCGUCACGCCGCCAUUCAAGCGAAAGUCUACGCCGAGCAGCAACACAUUUUCGGCACUGCAACCGCCGAGGAGUUGGCGAAUGUGUCUAGCAUCGGAUGCGCACAUUUAGAACAGAUGCGCUACUUGGAGUUCGUAAUACGCGAGACGCUGCGCCUGUACCCGUCGGUGCCAUUAAUUGCACGCACCAAUCGCAAGGCAAUCGAUAUCAAUGGCACGAAAAUCGCCAAGCGCACAACCGUUAUUAUGUGCCUGAUAGCCAUGGGCUAUAAUGAAAAGUGCUUUGACGAGCCGACCGCAUUUCGUCCCGAACGCUGGGCGCAUAUCAAUACCGAUGAGGCGGCCGGUCUGCAGGCCUUCAAUAGCGUGCCAUUUAGUGCCGGACCAAGGAGAUGUAUUGCCGAAAAAUAUGCUAUGUACGAACUGAAGUCGCUGCUCGCGAUGAUUGUGCGUAACCUGGAGAUUUUACCGGCCGCCGAUGGCCUACCGUCAGGCAUCAACGAUCACUCGCGCUUGGAUUGCGUGCCGCAGAGUGAAUACGAUCCCAUACUGAACAUUCGUGUAACGCUCAAGUCCGAGAACGGCAUACAGUUGCGACUGAAACGAAGAGCGAACGCCAACAAAUGAAUAACUGUAGUAGAAAGCCGUACCCAGAAACAAUGAAACCCUUUCUUAAAAAUUUAUUGACUAUAUUUUAAUGAUAAAUAAAACAAUAUUGAAAUGUAGGUAUUCUUCAAAUAUAA